ACAACACGUAAUGCACUAUGUAGCGUGUAGACGCUUGUUCAUUUAUCCACUUUCUAGGGCGCCUGAUUAUUCAGUUGAGCAGCAUAUAGAAUUGAGCCAAAAUGGCGGCAGUCAUGUCAGACGGAGUUGCAGCGCCUUUACCUGGAAGAUGCGCUUUUUUCGUGGCGAAAAAGAAACGUUACUGCAAAAUGGUAGUUGGAAAAGGGAAAAGGUUUUGCGGUGAACACGGAAAUGCGGAUUCAGACAGUGAGAGAAGACGGAUCCUCUGCCCUCUGGACCCGAAGCACACUGUGUUUGAAGACAGUUUGGCAAAACACCUGAAAAAGUGUAACUCGAAGGAAAAGCCCAAACCUGUCUACUAUGUGAAAGACAUCAAUGCUGGGUCUGAAACCGAAGAGGAAAUUGCCGCUGAUGAGGUGUCUAUUGCUGAGCGAUCUAAAGAGGAGCUUUAUAGUCUUAUUCAGAAACUGAAGACUGCAGUGAAAGGAUUAAACACGGAACCUGACGCUAGCCUUCUCUCUCAUCCGGCUCUAAAUGAAGCUCUUAAUGAUCCCAAGAAUGGAAACUUUGCUUUUAAACACCUUAAGCAGCAGGCCUCGAUUUUGGGGAAUAUGGAGGCUUUGGAGCUGCUUGGGCCUGAGAGGUGUUAUGUAGAGUUUGGUGCUGGAAAAGGUAAACUUUCCCACUGGAUUCAUGUUGCCCUUCAGGAAGCCAAGAACGUCCACUUCCUGUUAGUGGAGAGAUCCAGUACUCGCUUUAAGGUAGAUGGCAAACACAAAAACACAGACUCGACCUUCGACAGGCUGCAGGUUGACAUUCAGCACCUUGACUUAAGCAGAGUUCCAUUUUUACAAGAAAAGUGGCUUCCUGUAAUUGCAGUGGGCAAACACCUGUGUGGUGCAGCAACAGAUUUGGCUCUGCGGUGCUUAUUUGAGCACAGUGCAAAAGACAAAGACCAUGAGCCUCCCAAUAAACGUAUAAAAGUGCAAGAAGGAGGUGAGGAGGUGAGGUGUGGUUCUGAAAGCAGUGAGGAGGUCGUGGUAUCAGGGCUCACUAUUGCACUCUGCUGCCAUCAUCGCUGUGAAUGGAGGCAUUAUGUAGGAAAGGACUUUUUCAAAGAGCGUGGUCUUGGAGCCUCAGAGUUUUCGGCUUUCCAGCGCAUGUCCAGCUGGGCUACAUGUGGCAUGAGCAGAGUCAAAUCCACCUUAAAUCCUGAGAAAUCCUCACAAGAGACCGUCAAAGAUGAAGAAGAAGGAGAAGAGGCUGAACAUGAAGAGAUUUCGGAAAACUUUCCUGAUCAUCUCAACAAUGCCAUUUCAGCAGAAGAGCGUGAGAACGUCGGACGCCUGUGCAAGAUGCUGAUCGACCAUGGCAGGCUGCAUUACCUCCAGCAGCGAGGCUUCAAAUCCAGCCUCCGAUUCUACACCAGCCGAGACGUGUCUUUAGAGAACGUGCUUCUGACUGCGCUUCCCAACUAAACGCACAAACUCUAAACAACAAAAAAUAGUUCAGAGAUUAUUUUUAGUUUUCUCAUUUUGGGUCCUUGAGCUUUUGGACACAGUAGCAGCAGCAGAGAGCAAACAGUCCUCACUAGUCCUUGACUAGAGAGACAGAACAUAUCUUUACAGGACGUGCAGGACAGAUGAGACAGGACAGGACAGGAGGCAACAGCAGCAGGAGCAGCCGGCAUGCAGGACUGAGUCACGCCACUUCCUCUAUCAAACCCUCCAGUGUCACAUUUAUCACUGAUGUAUAAGUCUGGGAUCCUGAAACACAUUUUUGAUGGACAGUUGGUCAUUCACGGGCCGUGCAGAUUUCUUUUUUUAAUUAUUUUUAUUUAAAAAACUAUCCUAGCAUUUGUGAGCACAGUGCAUAUUGAGUAUUGCGUAACCUCUUUUGCGGGCUUCAUGGAUGUAAUGGUGCAUGAAUUCUUUGCCGAACAUCUCUCUGUCAUUCUCCUCCUCUGCCACGUCCUCUUUCAGGUCAGGGAGAGUCACAUCAUACGUCAGAGGGUUGUCUCUGAAGUUUACAAACCUGCCAAAAACAAUCUAUUAUUUUCAAGAUGCUAUCAAUUAAGUCAAGAAAACAACACUUUACCAAGAAAAGGAAGGUAAAAGUAACCACAAUAAUACAGAAAUAAAGUUUCAG